AUGAAUUCUAAAGUGUGUGAAUCAAUUAAUUUGAUCGAUAAAUUUUUUGAUGAUGAUCCGAAAAAAUCGGGAGAAUUUAAUUCUUUGGAUUUAUUAAAAUUGUAUUGCCCUGAUAAUACCUGUAGUAGUGAUGAAGAAAAAAUUACCUCUGGUUUUAUAAUGUUACUAAAUAAGCUUGAAAAUUUAGAAAGUGAUGAAAUUGUUCAAUACGCUAGUUUAUGGUUAAGUCAUAAACUAAAUCAAAAAAAACAAAAUGGAACGACCAGAUUAGACGAUUUUUAUACUAAACAUAUAGAAACAAAUAAUUGUUAUAAGGGGAAUAUACCUAAUAAUAUUAAUAUGGAUGAUAUAGGAAAUAAAAUAAAAUCGAUAGAUAUUGAUAUUAAAGAUAUAUCUAAUUUUUAUGAUGCAUUUAAAUCAUUAUGUAACAUGUAUAGUGAACGUGAUGCAAUCACCCAAUGCAAGAUAUGUUUAGAAAAUGCUGGAGAAUUUUUUGAAAAAUGUGAAAAAGUUAAAAAUGCUUUGGAUUUUAAUAAAGGAAGUUCUUAUUUACAACUAUGGUCUACUUUAUCAAAAGAUUAUAAAGAAUUUGAAAGUAAUUAUAAUAGUAAUUGGUGUAAUAAUGUCCCAUCAGUUGUAGCAUGUCCACGAAGUCCAGUAACAAAAAAUACACUAAUUACAAUUGCAAUUAUAUUUGUUGCAGCAUCAAUUUUAUUGGGAGUUUCUUAUAAGUAUUCGUUAUUUGGAUUUCGGAAACGGUCUCAAAAACAACAUUUAAGAGAAAUGCUAAAAAAAUAA